AUGAAAUGCAUCAGCUGGAACUUUCGGGGGCUUGGGAACCCACGAACAGUUCAAGAACUUCACCUCCUGGUGAGGGAAAAUGUCUCAGACUUUGUCUUCCUCAUGGAAACAAAGUGCAGUAGAAAUAAAGUGGAACAAAUAAGGAAUCAAAUUGGUUUUCAACAAAGUUUUGUGGUGAACAGCAAGGGAUAUAGAGGAGGUUUGGCCUUCCUCUGGAAAGAUAACAAGGAUGUAGCUCUAGAAACCUACACCAGAAACCAUAUCUCUAUCUCAGUAAAGAUACUAGAAUCAGAAUGUCCAUUCAUACUCACUGGUUUCUAUGGUAACCCUGAAACUUCUAAAAGAAAUGGCAGCUUGGAGCUCUUAAAAGCUUUGAAACCAAAAGAUGAUAAAGCAUGGAUCUGCUUAAGGGACUUCGAUGAAAUUUUGCACCAACAUGAGAAAAAAGGGGCAGCAGUAAGACCAUACAGGCAAGUGGAAUCAUUCAGAGAAACAGUUGAGGCAUGUGACUUGAGUGAGAUACAAUUCCUAGGAAAUUACUUUACUUGGAGUAACAGAAGAGAGGGAAGGUUUUUUACCAAAGAAAAACUAGACAGGGCCUUUGGAAACCCAUCCUAUUUAAGACUAUAUGAAGACUCCUAUGUCACUUCCCUGGUAGCCCAUAGCUCUGACCAUAGCCCAAUUGUGUUACAACAGGGUACUAAUGAGAAACGCAGAUACAAAGCAAGACCUUUUAGGUAUGAAUCAAAAUGGGACAGAAGAGAAGAAUGCAAGGAGCUCAUAGAAAAAGCUUGGACUACACCGGUCAACCAAUUGUCGAACCUCUUCACAUCAUCAGAGCCAAGCAAGAUUGAGGAUUGCAUCAAACACACAAAAGCUAUCAUUAUUGAAGACAUGAACAAAUAUUUAAUCAAGAAGAUUGAGAAUUCUGAGAUUGAGGAGGCCGUGUUUAGCAUGAAUGGGCUGGGGUCUCCAGGACCUGAUGGCUUCCCUGCCAUCUUCUACCAAACCCAUUGGACAACAGUAGGACCUAAAGUAUGUGUUGCAAUCAAAGAAGCUUUCCAAACUGAUUCAUGGCCUAGUAAGUUUAAUGCCACUUAUAUUGCCUUAAUUCCCAGGACCAAAAACCCAACCAAAGUCACUGAUUCAAACCUAUCUCAUUGUGCAAUGUUGAUCACUAAUAAUGUUAUAGUUUCCUUUGAGGCACUCCACACCAUGCAAGGAAAACUGAGAGGAAGGGAAGGUUACAUGGCUUUGAAAUUAGACAUGAGCAAGGCAUAUGAUAGAAUAGAAUGGGUCUUCUUGGCAGUAGUAAUGAAAAAAAUGGGGUUUUCUAAGAAGUGGAUUGAGGUAAUUAUGAGGUGCAUCUCAACUGUUUCCUAUGCCAUCCUCAUAAAUGGUAUGCCUCAAGAGUCUUUUACUCCUACUCGUGGCAUCAGGCAGGGUGAUCCAUUAUCACCCUACCUCUUUAUUCUCUGUGCUAAAGUUCUUAGUUGCAUGCUACAAGCAGCUGAAACAACUGGGGCACUAACAGGAGUCCCUCUAGCUCGAAACCAUAUGAAUAUAAGCCAUUUAUUCUUUGCUAAUGAUAGCCUUCUCUUCUGCAAGGCUAACCCCCUAGAGUGGAGUAGAUUAAUCUAUCUUUUAGAAGUCUAUGAAAAUGCCUCAGGUCAAAGGUUCAACAAAGAUAAGACUUCUAUCUAUUUCAGCAAAAACACCAACCAAGAAGUGAAAGAGAUCAUUGUCCAGAUUGCAGGCAUCCAAGCCAUACAGCCCUAUGAAAAGUACCUAGACCUACCAGCCCUCAUUGGAAGAUCUAGAUCUAAGGGCUUCAAAAAUAUCCUGGAUAGGGCAAGGAGUAGAAUCAGCAACUAG